AUGGAGCUUCUCCAUUGCCCCACAAUCUCAUCAUACUCUCCCAAAUUCAUCCACAAUUCCGUCACCUUACUCGUAAAUCAAUCACAGUGUAGUACCAAUUGGCUCAAGCCUUCGAUUAAUUCGAGUAAAAAAAGAAGCUCUCCGGUUUUGGUGAUCAAUGCGGCCGGCGGUGGCGACGGAGGCGUCGAGACUGCGACGGAGACGGUGGAGAAGCCUACAGCGAAACCACGUGCUUUUGAAGUUUUUGAUGGAUAUCCGUUGCCUUUCGGUGCUACUGCCAGAGAUGGUGGAGUCAAUUUCUCAAUUGUUUCUGGAAAUGCCACUUCCGCUACUCUCUGCUUGAUUAGCCGAAACGAUUUGCCUGAGAAGAGAGUGACUGAGCAAAUAUUUUUGGAUCCACUGACUAAUAGGACUGGAGACGUGUGGCAUGUAUUUUUGAAGGGAGAUUUCCAGGAUAUGCUUUAUGGGUACAAAUUGGACGGCAAGUUUUCUCCUGAGGAAGGACAUUACUUUGACUCUUCUAAAAUAUUACUGGAUCCUUAUGCCAAGGGUGUAAUAAGCAGAGAGGAGUUUGGUGUUCUGGAACGUGAGGAUGAAUGUUGGUCUCCAAUGGCUGGGCUUGUGCCUUCUGAUGUUGAUCAGUUUGACUGGGAAGGUGAUUUACCUUUGAAGUUUUCACAGAGGGAUCUAAUAAUCUAUGAAAUGCAUGUUCGUGGAUUCACAAAGCAUGAGUCAAGCAGAGUGGACAGUCCUGGCACUUACCUUGGUGUCAUUGAAAAACUUGAUUAUUUGAAGGAGCUUGGUAUCAAUUGUAUAGAGUUGAUGCCAUGCAAUGAAUUCAAUGAGCUGGAAUACUACAGCUAUAAUUCUUUCUUAGGCGACUAUAAGGUGAACUUCUGGGGAUAUUCUACUGUUAACUUUUUUUCACCAAUGAAAAGAUACUCAUCAGCUGGUGCUGAUGCUAUCAAGGAAUUCAAAACUCUUGUUAGAGAAGCUCAUAAACGAGGAAUUGAGGUGAUCAUGGAUGUCGUUUUCAACCACACCGCCGAAGGGAACGAGAAUGGUCCAAUAAUAUCAUUUAGAGGUGUGGAUAACAGUGUAUUCUAUAUGCUGGCGCCAAAGGGGGAGUUCUAUAAUUACUCAGGUUGUGGAAAUACAUUCAACUGCAAUCAUCCUCUUGUUCGUCAGUUUAUCUUGGAUUGCCUGAGAUACUGGGUCACAGAAAUCCAUGUGGAUGGCUUUCGCUUUGAUCUUGCUUCGAUCCUGACACGUAGUAGCAGCCUCUGGGAUGCAUCCAAUGCGUAUGGAAAGUUAGUAGAAGGCGACAACAUGACGACUGGUACUCCCCUUAGUACACCACCAUUGAUUGAUUUGAUUAGCAAUGAUCCAGUGUUGCGUGGAACAAAGCUUAUAGCCGAAGCAUGGGACUGUGGAGGCCUUUACCAAGUGGGAAACUUUCCUCAUUGGGGCCUUUGGUCGGAGUGGAAUGGGAAGUACCGUGACAUUGUACGGCAGUUCAUUAAAGGUACUAAUGGGUUCUCUGGGGCUUUUGCUGAAUGUCUAUGUGGGAGCCCUAACUUAUAUCAGGAAGGUGGAAGGAAACCCUGGAACAGUAUCAAUUUUGUCUGUGCACAUGAUGGCUUUACUUUGGCUGAUUUAGUAACAUAUAAUAACAAAAACAACUUGGCGAAUGGAGAAGAUAAUAAAGAUGGGGAAAAUCAUAAUAACAGUUGGAACUGCGGUCAGGAAGGAGAGUUUGCUAGUAUUUCUGUGAAGAAAUUAAGGACAAGGCAAAUGCGGAAUUUCUUUCUUUGUCUCAUGGUUUCCCAAGGUGUUCCCAUGUUCUAUAUGGGGGAUGAGUAUGGCCAUACAAAAGGAGGAAACAACAACACCUACUGCCAUGACAACUAUAUCAAUUACUUCCGUUGGGAUAAGAAGGAAGAAUCCUCAUCAGAUUUCCUGAGAUUUUGCUGCCUCAUGACUAAGUUUCGCCAUGAAUGUGAGUCUCUAGGCUUAAAUGACUUUCCAACGGCAGAGAGGUUGCAAUGGCAUGGUCAUGCUCCUGGAGUGCCAGAUUGGUCAGAAAUGAGCCGAUUUGUUGCUUUUACUCUGACUGACUCGAUCAAGGGAGAACUCUAUGUCGCCUUCAACGCGAGCCAUUUGCCUGUCACCAUUACGUUGCCAGAAAGGCCCGGGUACAGGUGGGAACCCUUGGUGGAUACUGCAAAACCUGCACCAUUUGACUUCAUCUCCUCUGAUCUUCCUGAGAGAGAGAUUGCAAUCAAACAGUAUUCUCAUUUCCUCGAUGCCAAACUCUACCCAAUGCUUAGUUACUCUUCCAUAAUUUUGUUACUAUCUCCAGAUUCUACUGUAUAA